AAAUAUUUUUACAGUUUCAUAAUAAAAAUACUCUAUUAAACCAGUAAGAAGCGAAAAUGAAACGGUGGUUAUGGAUGAUGAACUUAGAACUGCGAUAUUAAAAAUAGGAAAAAAUGUAGCAAAACUCACCAGAGGAAAAAAGAGUACAGAUAGAUUACCUAUAGAAGAACCAGAAAUCAUGACCAUGGCCAUGGAAGUUUACGUCGACGAUAUAAGUUCUUUUAAUGCAAAGGAUAUGGAGUUUCGAUUGGAUAUAUAUUUCAAACAUUCAUGGAAAGUGAAUAAGGAAAUUUGUAGUGAAUAUGUAAACUCUGUAAAUUCCAUAAAUUUAAAUAUAACACUGGACGAUCCUUUAUAUUUAUCACCAGUUUAUUUCUAUUUAUUUUGGUUACCGGAUACCUUUCUGAUUAACGCCAAAAAAAUUGACACAAUUACUAAAGAAAGCAGCACUAAAAUAUUGAUUUUAAGUUUAGAGCCUGAUGAAUUGUGUAAAUUAGAGCAUGUAAUGAAUAAGGAAAUUUGUAGUGAAUAUGUAAACUCUGUAAAUUCCAUAAAUUUAAAUAUAACACUGGACGAUCCUUUAUAUUUAUCACCAGUUUAUUUCUAUUUAUUUUGGUUACCGGAUACCUUUCUGAUUAACGCCAAAAAAAUUGACACAAUUACUAAAGAAAGCAGCACUAAAAUAUUGAUUUUAAGUUUAGAGCCUGAUGAAUUGUGUAAAUUAGAGCAUGUAAGCAGAUUGGCGGUAGAAGUUGGAUGUCAAAUGGACUUUAAAUUUUAUCCUGUAGACAUUCAAAUAUGCCCUUUAACAAUGAGAAGUUAUGGAUAUCCUGAAACAAUGUUGGUUUAUAAAUGGGAAAAUGAAUCUGGAGAAGUACCAAUGAAUCCAGAUCUUAAACUAUUACAACAUUCUGUAAAAUUAAGUAAAGGCAAUGGAUACAGAAUUAUGUUAGGCAGAAGAUAUUCCAUGUUAUACAUUAAUUUUACCUUCGAAAGACAUUUGAGCUACUUUGUAACGAAUGUAUACGCACCAAGUGGAUUAGUUAUAGUCAUAUCUUGGUUUUCGUUUUGGUUAGGAAUUGAUGUAGUUCCUGGAAGAAUAAGUCUUUGCGUAACUUGUAUCUUAGCUUUGAUAACUCAGACAUCUGGUUUAAGAAACACUCUACCUCAAGUCUCGUACAUAAAUGGUUUGGAUAUCUGGAUGAUUUCCUGUUUACUCUUUGUUUUCGCUAGCCUUUUAGAAUUUACACUCAUUUGGUUUAUUGAUAAACAUCAAAAAGACAAAAUGGCGAAGGAGGAAGAAAAACCGGAAGCUGAAAUAAAGAACGAACCACCUGCACCUUAUUACAUAGACAUGGAAAAGGGUCAAGGGCGAGUUAUUAAACCAUAUUGUACUUGUGAAUCGCAUAAAAGAAAACAGCACGAGAGAUUAAUGACACAACCCAAUAAACCAAAAUGGAUCGAGGAAGAAAUAGAAGAAGAAGAAGAAGAAUGUAAUAUAAUUUGUAAUUGUUCUCUAAAAAAUAUUUUAAUAAUAGAUAAAGCUUCGAGAGUUAUAUUUCCAUUGUGUUUUAUAAUUUUCAAUGUAAUUUAUUGGCCUCUGCUGUUGCAAAGAAAAUAUUAA